GCAGCAGGUAAACAACACUAUACGAGCAGUUGAAGUGAUGCGUAGUAACAGAUUUCAACGCGUUUCUCAUAUUGCACGAUGUUUGGGACUUCAUAACUAAGACGCAACGCUGAUAGCUGUCCGUGUUAAACGUAAACGUUUUGUUCUUAAGCUGUGCGAUACGUCUACGCGCUCACAAAUGGGACAUUUUUGGGCACAGAAGAGAGCUUCGCGACUGCGAUCUUACACUACGUAGUAUUAAUUAUUACGAUGGGAUCCAUCAUGCAGGAACGGUCUGCGUCUGCGACACUGAAGAGGCUGCCAGCCAAGGAGAAGGUUAGAACGAAAAAUGCAGAAAACACUGGGGUUGUUGCCAGCAAUAAUAAGCGAGGAGGAAACGUGAACCAGAAUAAAAAAGCUGUUAAAAAAACUGUGACGAGAGGACAAGAGAAGGAUCCUCUGCCCAAAGCUGAAACUGUCCAAAAUGGAAUCAAACCAAAGAAAGCUAAGAGUCCAACUACUGGCACUUGCAAGUUACGUGGCACACAGGCCGAGGUUGACCUGAGGCCCAUCCGUCCCAAACUCUCAUAUGCAGAGCGUAGACAAGAGAGACAGAAGAUACAGCUUGAGUCUCACUGCUGUAGUGAGAUGGUCCAGAGCCAUGUUUCCUUGGAGAAAAGCAAGCGCGCUCUCUCACUGCCUUUGGCUCCUCAACCAGUACUGCAUUCAAUUUCCCUGCAAAAACAAGUUUCGCACCUGGAAGCCCUCCGCCUCAUGGAACACAAGGAGGAUGACACAGACAGCGCCAGUGACCUGUCUGACUCCGAGAGGCUCCCUGUCUUGCCUUCCCCCUGCACUCCACCUCAGCUAAACCUCCGUGCGGAGGUGAUCAACACCAUGGACCUAUAUCCCCAAAUUCCUGGACCCACGAUGUUGGAGAAUGAUGAUGACGACAUCUACGGCUACCCGGACUUCCUGCCACCUCCGUUCAACACGUGGAGCCUGAGGCAGCUCGCCAUCUUCCUCAACACAGAAGGCAAACGGGCUCCGAGGCCUAAACCUGUAGGGCAAAUGGAGAAGUAUCUGGAACGCCUCCUGCAGCUGGAAUGGCACCAGAUUCAAAGCAUUCAGACUGAGAGCGGACGGCACAGCGUACCCAUAAUCCUUGCAAGAGGGCACGCUCCUGGUGCAUCGGCAAACCGCCCCAGGCCUCACACCGCCCCUCCGACGCGUCUCAGUUCCCCCAAAAGCCUUCGACAGGGUCAGCGGGCAUUUCCUUUGACCCUCGUCUCCUCCACCGGCAGCCCGUCGUCCUCUCAACUCUCCAGCCCUGUCUGCCCUCACUGCCACAUCCGCUACCCGCUUUGCAAUGGCAGCUGCUCUGUGUACGCAUACCAGCGACACUCCCGUCUCAGUCCUUUGCUUGAGCACAGAGCUCCGUCGGCGAACACCCAAUUGAGGAGCAGCAGUGAAAGCAGGGCCUCAGCCUCCGAAAACCACAACACAUCCAAAAACCAGCACCUGCUCAGUCCUCAAGCCACAAGAGUCCACCAGAAGCACAUGCAGGCUACAGGAAAUGUGCGGCGAGCGUCUCAGGAACUUAAUCCAGGCAAAUCCCAUCCUACAAGUGGAAAAGGAAAGACCGGGAGGUGGAACGAGAUGGAUAGACAGAAGGAUCAGGCCUUGGGAGUGAAAUGCGGGAGUGCUGAUAAGCGGGUUGCUGGCGCUGGUAAACGUGAUGGUGGUGGUCCGGUGAAAAGAGGGGUUAGAGAUGGGCAGAGAGCCGAAACGGGGGAACUACGAAUUAGAGCUAAAAGAACUGUGGCUGACAGCUGUGAUGCUAAAUCCACACCUGCCAAAAAUACUGGCAAAAUAAAAAAUGCUCAGUAUGCAAAGUAGUUAGCGCUUUGUCAUUUUCAGGAUUGUUUGGUUUUGCAUUUGCAACAGCCUCAAAACAUUACAAUAUCUCAUACUGUAAGAACAGAUCAUGCCAACAUUCCUCAAAUUAUUGUAGUUAUUUGGUAGAUAAAAAUAAGAACAAAUCAUGGCACUUCGUUGUUUUCAAAUAGGAAGUCCAUUUCUUUAAAAAUAUUAAUUUUGUCUGUCCAUUACUUGCAAGGAGGUUAUCUUUACUUACCCACAAAUUCUGUGUAAAAUGAGCUCUUUAUUUAAUUGAAGCAUACUUUAAAUAUGUAUGCAUGGACAUAUCUUUCAUGUGAUGGAGGAAACGACUGAGAAUGUCAAUUUGUGACGUAUGACAACUAAGCACUAUUGGUCAAAGAAUGUAUAUUUUUAAGAUGAAUAUUGAUUGUUUUGUAAUGGCAGUGUGUAUUUUUGUAAUGUGUUAUUCGCAAGGACUUAUUGUUGUUUAUAUAAUAAUUUAUUAUCUUUUUAUCACUGUUUUGCUGUAUGUUUACUUUAUCAUAAGACUAGAAUGUUCUGUGUAAUACGUUGUUUUACAUUUUUGAACAUAUAACAAAGGGUUAUUUAUGUUUUAGAUGUGGUGAAAUAGUGAUAUUUGGAUGACUUAUGGUAAGUUAAGUUGGUAGCUUUGUGAUGGAAGUUUUUGUUGAUGGAGCUGGACCUGAGCUAUAAGCCCUGAGGUUGUCUGUGUUUGUAGACUUAUUUAUUUGAGAACUUUUCAGGUUGUUACAUCGACUCUCAGAUGGCAUGUUUUGUUUUUAAAGGAACAAUGAUGAUAGUGGCUUUUAGAUUAUAUUGUCUAAUAUUGCACUUGAGGCUGGAUGAUGCAGAGUAAAGCCAUACGUGGCACUGCAUUUUCAUAUAAAAUGUAUGUAGCAUCAUUUUAUUUUGUUUUGAUCCAUUAUCAGGCAAAACAAACUCAGAGAAUGAACUUUUGCUCUUUGUCAAAUUGUGCAUUUAUUUUGGUAUAGUUUAAUGCAGCUAUUUUUAUGGAAAAACAAAUAAACCAUUUUCAUUACACCAUCA